UGGGAGUGGAAGACAUUGCUCAGACUUGUUCCUGUGUCGGUGCUGUCAGUUUCUCUGCCUGUGCGCGCGUGCGCAUCAUCACGUUGCAUUACGAUGUCGAGUCGUGGUGGGAAGAAGAAGUUGACAAAGACGUCUCGGUCUGUGCGAGCAGGAGUGAUUUUCCCCGUGGGCCGAAUGCUGAGGUACAUCAAACACAACCUCCCCAAAUACCGCAUCGGGGUCGGAGCUCCUGUUUACCUCGCUGCAGUAUUGGAGUACCUCACAGCUGAAAUUUUGGAGUUAGCAGGUAACGCAGCUCGUGACAAUAAGAAAGGUCGAGUGACUCCACGUCACAUCCUGCUGGCCAUUGCUAAUGAUGAGGAGCUCAAUCAGCUGCUGAAAGGUGUGACAAUCGCUGCAGGAGGAGUUUUACCCAACAUCCACCCUGAGUUGCUUGCCAAGAAACGAGGCUCUAAAGGUAAACUGGAGGUUGUGGCGUCGCCUCCCCCUGCCAAGAACAAAACCAACAAAAAAACACCAACUGCCAAAAAAAACCCCGGCAAGAAGUCCUCCAGAGUGAAGAGGCGUGCUGAUGGUAGUAAAGCGGUGAGUGCAGACAGCACCACUGAUUCUCCGUCUGAUGGCUUCACCGUUCUCUCGUCUAAGAGCCUGUUCCUGGGACAGAAGGUACAGAAUCUGAUCUCUGUAGAACAUGGGUUCCUCACUCUGCUCUUGGAAAACCAUUGGUUCUGCUCGAACAAACAUGAAAACACUAAUCAGCUGAUUAACACACUAACCCUGAGCCGAAGAGUGUGUGUGUGUGAGAGAGAACACAGGGUUCUCCAAGGCCAGAGUUCUAUGGUAACGAUACGCACAUCAACAGUCUUAUUGGUUUUUCCAGAUUUUGGGUGAAAGGGAAAGUGUGUGAUUGGUUGUUUGCAGUCACAUGACCUUUUCCUGUUACAGCAUUAACACUGAAGAGCUUUAAUACAAAAAUAAGAGAAUAAAUAUUUCACU